UCUGGGCGCGUCGCCGGGGCGGAAGGGUGGCCGGGCUCCGCGGGCGGCGGCGGCGGCGGCAUGAGCCGCUUCGGCGGGGUGAUGCGGGAGUACCCGCUCCUCUCCAUCGACCGCUUCGACCGGGAGAACCUGCGCGCCCGCGCGUAUUUCCUCUCCCACUGCCAUAAGGAUCACAUGCAAGGCCUCAGAGCCUCUUCUAUGAAAAAACGGCUGGAGUGUAGCUUGAAGGUUCGCCUGUAUUGUUCACCUGUGACAAAAGAAUUGCUACUGUCUAGUCAGCGAUACAAAUUUUGGGAAAAUUACACUGUUGCUCUGGAAGUUGAAACCCCGACUCAGAUUUCCCUCAUUGAGGAAGCAUCAGGCGAGAAGGAAGAUAUAGUGGUAACGCUUCUGCCGGCCGGCCAUUGUCCAGGAUCAGUUAUGUUUCUCUUCCAAGGUGAAAAUGGGACUGUGCUGUACACGGGGGAUUUCAGACUCGCGAGAGGAGAAGUGGCUCGAAUGGAGCUUUUGCAUUCAGGAAGCAGGGUGAAAGACAUCCAGAGUGUCUAUUUAGAUACCACAUUCUGUGAUCCCAAAUUUUAUCAAAUACCAAGCCGGGAAGAAUGUAUGAAGGGGAUAAUGGAAUUAGUGCGAAGCUGGGUGGUUCAGAGUCCCUAUCACGUGGUCUGGUUGACCUGCAAAGCAGCUUAUGGAUACGAGUAUUUAUUCACAAAUCUCAGUGAAGAGCUUGGAAUCAAGGUGCAUGUCAACAAGUUGGACAUGUUUAAAAACAUGCCAGAAAUCCUCUGCCAUGUUACCACAAAUCAGCACACCCAGAUUCAUGCAUGUCGCCAUCCAAGGGAUGACGAAAUGUUCCGAGGGAACCGAUUGCCUUGUGGAAUGACUUCCCAGAACGGAAAUCAGCUUCGUGUUAUUAGCAUCAAGCCAUCCACCAUCUGGUUUGGAGAAAGGACACGGAAAACGAAUGUAAUCAUGAGGACUGGAAUGAGUUCCUACAGGGCUUGCUUUUCAUUUCACUCUUCUUAUAGUGAGAUCCAAGAUUUCUUGAGCUAUAUCUGUCCAGUGAAUGUGUACCCCAAUGUAGUUCCAGUGGGUACAGCGGAGGACAGAGUUAAAGAAACCUUGAAGCCAUUCUGCAGAAAGUACAGGAAGAAUAACAGGCCAGCUUAUAAACCACUUGGAGUGCUGAAGAGAGCAAGAACUUUGGACACAAAUGGUGGUGGUGGUGAUGAUGAUGAUGAUCUCUUUGAUACUGAAUUGAUUCCUACAAAGUACAAGAUUCCAAAGUUACUGUCAGAGAUUGGACCAUCAGAGAACAAACCUCUUCCCCCAAAUCCUCAAGAAGAUAACAGUUGUAAGGCAUCUUCUAUGCCUACCUCUUUAAAGCUUGAUUUUGUGGAGUGUGAAGAAUCUAAUGGUGAGGAUGAGGAAGAGGAAGAAGAGGAGGAGGAGACAGUUCUUCCUCAAAUUCCAUUACCGAGGACAGACUCCACUCCAAAGUUGCAGAAUCCCAACAGCCUUGUCUGUUCAACAGGUACGGGAAAGCAAAAUGAGGACCAACAGCAGUCUAACUUGGAACUGCCCAAAUGGGAUAAUUUCUUUCGACGACACACAGAAGAUUCAGAGACUUCUGACCACGAGGACCACCACCUGCCAUACACAGACUCAACUGAGCAGCGUUCUCCCUACCUCGAUGACGAUCUUAGUGACUCAACUCAUAUCUCCUCUCAAAAUUCUUCUCAGUCCACCCACAUAUCUGAACAGGGUAGCCAAGGAUGGGACAGUCAAGCUGAUACCGUACUUAUUUCCUCACAAGAGCGAAGGAAUUUUGAGCUUAGCCCUUUCAUCAAGGGGGCAGCAGAAAGAAUAAUGACCUACGUGCCUCAUCUCCUUGCAGGAGAAAAGAAAACGGACUUGCCAAGUAGCAAGCCUUUGGAUCAUGGUGCGCCUUCUACAGACAAAGUUAAGUUUGAAUGCAAAACCAAAGAUUGGGGCACAGCAGCUCCCAAUCAAACUGAAUCAGCCGAUGAGAGGAGCAAACAAGAAGGAAGGUCAGAAAAGCUCAGUCCCGAGGUCCAAAUUGACUCCCAGGGCUCUUCUGACUUUGAAGUCCCACCUACACCUGAGGCUGAGAUUCCUAAGCCUGAGCAACUGUGCAGUCUGUACCAAAAGCUGGCAGCUGGAGAAACUCUACACUGACUGAGGAAACAACAGGAACUACAUGCUCUUGUGGUAUAGCGACAUCAGCCUCCCUAAAUAUUGGUCCAGACUGUUGAUUCGUGUCCAAUUUUAAGUUUUAGCUUUUGAAAAACUGGCUGCAGUUGCAAAUGCAUAAAGUGCCUCUUUUUUGGUAUUGUUUGCAAUUAAACACUGAACAGGGGAAAGCAUCAGUGCAAUCAAUAGAUUACAACACCUAUCCACUUGGAAAUACCGAAAGCAAGUGGAAAUCUAAUGAUAAAACGGGCUUUGUGUUUUGAGUUCCAAAUUAUGGAGACGUCAUGGUGGUUUUUCUUCAGCUUAUUAAAAAAGGAAGAUCUGCAGGAGUGCCGACGUGAAGCGUUUGGGCGUAUCUCAAGCCCGGCUUGUUGCAACCGCGAGGAAAGAAAUGAGGUCAAGUGGACAUUCUUGUUAUUCCAUCCUUUCAUGGCACUUACAGAAGUAUUUUUUUUUCCAUUGCAAGAGGAGGAUAAGCAUUGUUUUUAAAUUUUAAUUAAAAUUUUAAUUAUUACAACUUUUUAAAAACUAUUUUUUAAAUUUUAUUGUAACUUUAAUUUUCCUCCUGCAGAGUUGGAGCCCACCAGCCUGGGGCUAGAAACCCACCAAUUUGAUUAGCCUUGAACAUACUGUUUUAGCUGUCCGCAGUUGUUGGGAGUCAGUUUUAUCCCACUAUGGAUUUUGGGGUUUAGUUCCACGAGGUCUAAUUAUUUAGAUUCUGUUCUUGACAUACCUAAAAGUGUAUCUUCCAGAGCUCUCCUCUUAGUUUGGUUUUUCUCCCACUGGCUGUUGGACUGCAGCUUUCAGAUCCUGACUGAAGGUUGAAUCCCAGGUUCCUCUUUGUGAGUGACCCCUGGCCUGCUGCCUUCCCCUCAGAAUUGCUAUGCUUAGGCCUUGGGGUUGAGUUCCUUCACCUGCAAGCAGGACUCGCUGUUUUAGUUCCACACAAUGGAUACUGUUUCCCAGUAUUCCUUUGUUGUGGCUCAUGAGACUGUUCUGUGUUCCUUUGGGGUCUUUAAUAGUGGAAAAAGGAUGUGCCUGCUGAAUGGCUUCCCAUACUUAAUUUUCACUAUGGUUUUUAAAGAGCUGGUUCUCUCCCUUCUGCUUCACUGAUGGGUCAGGGAAUACCAUGAUGAUUCUCUCUGCCUGUGCUAGGUAGAAACUGGAAUUGCUGCAUUUUUGUUUUGCAGCUUCUAUCACCUCAAAAUUUGCUUCUCCUGCUCUUAAAUCGCCGCACCAGACUGGGAUCGAACUUCCCUAUUAGCCAAUGUUAACAGAAGCGUGACUCUGAUUGCUGCCAAAUUCUUUUGUACAGUGCUCUUACGUUUAUCCAUAAAAGGACUGUUAAGUUCUC